UCUUAUCUUAUCAUGGCGGGUGAGAUCUGUCGUCUAAUCCUAAUUAAUCUCUCUCUCUCUCUCUCUCUCUCCUGAAAUAGAAAUAGAAAUAGAAAUAGGUAGCAGCUGUUGGUUUGAUCCCCCAUGGCGAUGGCGAUGUGGCGCUCCUUGCUCCUCGUGAUGCGGCGCUUGGUCACUCCACCCAUGACAUGUCACAUGCGCAUGCAAACCAACAACCACAUCAUCAGAUUCAUUUCAUCAUUCAUUAACAAAGCAAAGCUAGGAAUAACAAUAGAGUAACUCCUCCGGUCCGGUGGUCCUCCCCAUAUCUCUCUCCAUGAUCAUCUCAUGACCCCCUCCUCCGCCACCCCUCGCCGGAGGAGGCGUCGCCGCAACCGCAAUGUCCCUGUCUCUGUCAGGGGGAGCGCCGCCGCCUCGGCCAGGGCCCUAGCCGCCGGGCUCUGGAGGCUGCGCCACGCACAGAGGAUGAAGGCGGCCGGGGGGCCCCACAACCAAGCGCCUAGCAAACUUGGUGAAGGAAGGAGGUGUCCUGCUAACAAACACUUGGCUGCUCCUGGAAUUGGAAUCGGAAUCGGAAGCCAUUGCCAAUGUUGUAGUAGGAACCACCACCACCACCACCAUGGCAUCUUAGACAAGAUCGACGCCUGCGUGGAGCCAUACGGUUCGUGUUCGUCGUCGGCCAUGGAGAAGGCCACCAAAUGGGCCUCGCGAUCAUCGUCUCCUCUGGUGCUCCUCAUGGAGGCCGAGCUGGAGAAGGCGCGAGGCCACAUCAGCGAGCUCGAGGAGGAGCGCCGCGUCAUGACCAAGAGGCUGGAGCGCUUCCUGCGGGAUCUGGCCGAGGACAAGGCGUCCUGGAAGGCCCGGGUGCGGGACAAGGCCCGCCACGCCGUCGCCGCCCUCAAGGAGGAGCUCAGCGCGGAGCGGGCGCACCGGCGGCAGCUGGAGCAGGCCAACGCCAAGCUCAUGCGCGACCUGGCGGAGGCGAGGUCGUCGGCCAAGCAGCAGGCGCAGAGCUACGAGAUGGAGCGCAAGGCCCGCGAGCUGAUGGAGGAGGCGUGCUCCGAGCUCACGCGGGAGGUGGAGGAGGACCAGGCGGAGGUGGAGCUGCUUCGCCGGGAGUGCCUGCGCAUGCGGGAGGAGAUGGAGGAGGAGCGACGGAUGCUGCAGAUGGCAGAGGUCUGGCGCGAGGAGCGCGUGCAGAUGAAGCUCUCCGACGCAAAGCUCGCGCUCGAGACCAAGUACGCGCAGCUCAGCCACCUGCAGGCGGAGAUGGAGGCGUUCCUGCGGAGCAAAGACUCGUCGUGCCAAUCGUCCACGAUGCGGGAGGCACGCUUCAUCAGCGAUGCCGCCGCGGCCGCGGCGAGCGCCGAGCUCAGGUCUCGCGGCCGCGCCAGCCAGCACGACGACGACGAGGACGACGAGGUGGAUGCGGAUUCGGUGUUCGAGCACUUCCGCCGCAAGGAGACCAACCGCGCCAACAGCCCCGCGUCGUCCAACUCCAACGUCAGCGCAAUGCAGUCGGUGAGCCCAGCGACGGACCUCUUCCUGGCAAAGGUCGACGACGCGUACGCCAAUGGGGGCAGCUCCGCCGACAUGGACUACGACGGAGGCAGGGACUCCUGCAGCUGGUUGGGGACCAGCGAUCGCUCGGCUUCUGUGGCCAACGGGAACAGCGGCUUGGAGUCCGGGGCGAGCCGGCGGUCGGUGGGGAAGAACACGGCGCUGAUACGCAGGCUCUGGAGGUCGGCCAUCGCCGAGAGCAGGAAGAAGACUGGUGGCGGCUGGUCGCCGUCUUCGGACCGGAGGUCCAGCGUGACCCCGGAGGCGCCUCCACCUCCACCAAUGGCAGUGGCAGUGGCACCGCCGCAGCAGAGCAAGCAGAGCCUGAGGGAGAAGCUCAUGGAGGCCAGGAUGGACGACCACAAGCCUGUCCAGGACUCCAGGCAGCCAAACACAAAACCAAUCUCUAGUAAAUGGAAGGGAAGCUGAUGAUCGAAUAGGAUCGAUACGCUAACAGAGGCCUCAAGUGAAGUAUAACCCCAAACAUUUUGCUCCCUGUAAACUGGAUCAAUCUAUUGAGAUAUGAGAAACGUUUGAAAGGAUAGUCAUUUGUACAGCAUUUCUUUCUUCAGUCAGGCUUGUUGGGGGCUCUCAUGGGCCGUGAUGUCUAGUCUGAAAACUCUCUGAAAUAAAUCACCACAAGUUCAAUACAAUGGAAAAA